AAAAUAACAACAACAACAACAACAACAACAAUAAUAAUGCUGAUGAUGUCAUCAGGGACAGCAAGAUGAUUCGACAGGUAAAAGCCUAGGGUUCUGAUAGCUUGAGUCUGGUUCUGAAAGUCCAGUGUGGAAAAGGAAAACCGAUUUCAGAACAUUGUCUUCUGACUGCCUCCCACACUCACACACACGGUAAUACUACAUAAAAUAAAGAAGAUGAAGGAAAAAUGAGUAGGAGCUAGCCGAAAGUCCUGGGACUGUGGGGGAGCCUAGUGUGUCUGGGAGGUUUCUCAUAGCUGGAUGCUGGAUUGGGGGACAGUGUCAGAAGUGAGGGUGCAGGGUACAGGCUUCCUGUUGUAUAGGCCCAUCAUAGGGGAUGAGCUUUACUAGAAAGCACCGGGGAGUUUUAAGCAGGGAAAUGGGCAGGAUCACAUGACAUGAACGGAGGCAGGGACAAGGGAGGCUGAGAGACUAGUUGGGAUGCUGUCUGUCAUUCAGAGGGAGAAACGGAAAGAGCGCAGGUAUAGCUAAAGGCUGUGGAAGGCUGGAGAGGGUCCAGACCUCAAGGCUUUCUCUCCCGGGGCUUUGCGUCCUAGCAGGAAAGCUGAGGUCAAACGUUACACAGCAGCCAGCUCUUCUAGAACCCAGCACCCUGCCUCUCAUCCCAGCACCUCCCAGGGUCUCAGGCAAAUUGGAUGGGGAUUGGGGAGUGAAGCUAGGCCUUAGGCUGCCCUAGGAAUGGGAAGGCCCAGGAAGACUGCUGAGAAAGAGUUACUCUGCCUCCCUCCCUCCCUCCCUCCCCUCUCCUAGGUCACCUUCUUGGCCCUAGAGACCUGGCUGGUGGCUCAAGUUCCUCAACCAGUGGCCCUGGGCAAUCAGGGCACAGAGGGGUCGGAGCCUGGGGGCAGGGAAGGGUACAUGGAGACCCGAGGGAGCCUCGGGACUGAGGGGUCUGUAAGGCUAGGGUUUGGGGGGAAGCUCUCAGGUCGGUUCCCAACACUUCUCCACACUGCCUACCAGCUCUUCCGCCCACUGGAGAGAGCUUCUCACACUCCUCCUCUUCUAAACUGGUUGGCUUUUCUCUCUUUUUUUUAGCAAGCUGUGGACGGGUUAGAACUGUUCUGUCAGCAAGCUUUCCAGCUUCAAGCGUCCCUCCCCCGGUGCUGGGAACUGGUCAGAGUCUGUGGUCAGUGAGACAUUUCUGCUAAUGGAACCUGGGCUGCCCCACAAGCCACAAAGGGGUGGGGGAAGAAAGGAGACCUAAGCUGGAGAGCUUGUCGGGGAGGAGGGAGAGACUAGAUGGAGGGGACUUGAGGGUCAAGGGAGUCAGCGCAGGCUGCUCAGGCCUUGGGGAGCAGCUGAAAGUGACUGGAAGGUAAGAAAAUACCAAAGGAACCGGAACCGUGGGAGCGAACAGAGGCCUGACAGUGGACCGGAGAUGUGGGGGUCAAGGAAACAAUUGGAGUGAUUAGAGAGAGUGCCCAAGGAAGGCCUGAGCUGGGAUAUCCCAGGAGAAGGUCUAGAUGGAGUGAGAAUAGAGGACUGGGAUGGGAAAACUGAGAACAUGCCGAGGAGCUGUUGGAGGACACACAACCGAGGUCAUCCUGGCAAUGGGAGGAUUGUGUUGGGUGUCACCUCACUUGAGGAGUGGGUACCCAACCCCAGACUUUCCCACGGCUCUCACUUGGCUUAAAACCAGUGUCAGACAAAGGUCUCCAGCUCCCCUCCUCCCCAGCAGGCCAUCUUCCCCACGCCAUCAAUUAUUCAUCAGCACAGACACCGCCCUCUCCAGCAGGGCAGUCUGGUCCUCCUCCCCGUGCCCGGCCCCAGCUCAUCCACACUGCCACGGGGGCUCUGGUGAGGAAGCUGAGCCGGUGGAGGCCUAGCCAAAGGGUUCCGUAGCUGCCCCCACCACCACCACCACACCUGAAGUCCCUUCCCCUCGGGCACCUUCCUCCUGCCCCUGGAGAAGAUGCCCAUCCAGAUCUUUUGCUCUGUGUCGUUCUCCUCUGGAGAGGAAGCCCCGGGACCCAUGGGAGAUAUCUGGGGUCCUCACCACCACCGGCAGCAGCAGGACAGUUCGGAAGAGGAAGAGGAAGAGGAAGAGAAGGAGAAAGAGGCAGUAAAGAGGGAGCUGGGUGAGGGGGACUCACCUAGAGACUUGGUGGCCUUUGCCAACAGCUGUACCCUCCAUGGUGCCAGCCAUGUCUUUGUGGAAGGGGGCCCAGGGCCGAGGCAGGUCCUAUGGGCAGUGGUCUUUGUCAUAGCACUGGGUGCCUUCCUGUGCCAGGUAGGGGACCGAGUGGCUUAUUACCUCAGCUACCCACACGUGACUUUGCUAGAUGAAGUGGCCACCACAGAGCUGGUGUUCCCGGCAGUCACACUCUGUAACACCAAUGCCGUCCGGUUGUCCCAGCUCAGCUACCCUGACUUGCUCUACCUGGCCCCCAUGCUAGGGCUCGAUGAAAGUGAUGAUCCUGGGGUGCCCCUUGCUCCACCUGGGCCAGAGGCUUUCUCCGGGGAGCCCUUUAAUCUCCAUCGUUUCUACAACCGUUCCUGCCACCGGCUGGAAGACAUGCUGCUCUAUUGUUCCUACUGCGGGGGCCCCUGUGGUCCCCACAACUUCUCAGUGGUCUUCACACGAUAUGGGAAAUGUUACACAUUCAACUCAGGCCAAGACGGACGGCCACGACUGAAGACCAUGAAAGGCGGAACUGGCAAUGGUUUGGAGAUCAUGCUGGAUAUCCAGCAAGAUGAAUACCUGCCUGUGUGGGGAGAGACUGAUGAGACAUCCUUUGAAGCAGGAAUCAAAGUACAGAUCCACAGUCAGGACGAACCCCCUUUCAUCGACCAGCUGGGCUUUGGCGUGGCCCCAGGCUUCCAGACCUUUGUGUCUUGCCAGGAGCAGAGGCAGCUCAUCUACCUGCCCUCACCCUGGGGCACCUGCAAUGCUGUUACCAUGGACUCGGAUUUCUUCGACUCCUACAGCAUCACUGCCUGCCGCAUUGAUUGUGAAACACGUUACCUGGUGGAAAACUGCAACUGCCGCAUGGUGCACAUGCCAGGGGACGCCCCAUACUGCACCCCAGAGCAGUACAAGGAGUGUGCAGAUCCUGCCCUGGACUUCCUAGUGGAGAAGGACCAGGAAUACUGCGUGUGCGAGAUGCCCUGCAACCUGACACGCUACGGCAAGGAGCUGUCCAUGGUCAAGAUCCCCAGCAAAGCCUCGGCCAAGUACCUGGCCAAGAAGUUCAACAAAUCGGAGCAGUACAUAGGGGAGAACAUCCUGGUGCUGGACAUCUUCUUUGAAGUUCUCAACUAUGAGACCAUUGAGCAGAAAAAGGCCUAUGAGAUCGCAGGGCUCUUGGGAGACAUCGGGGGCCAGAUGGGGUUGUUCAUCGGGGCCAGCAUCCUCACGGUGCUGGAACUCUUUGACUAUGCCUACGAGGUCAUUAAGCACCGGUUGUGUAGAAGAGGGAAAUGCCAGAAGGAAGCCAAGAGGAGCAGCGCAGAUAAGGGCGUGGCGCUCAGCCUGGAUGACGUCAAAAGACACAAUCCCUGCGAGAGCCUCCGAGGACAUCCGGCCGGGAUGACCUACGCUGCCAACAUCCUACCUCACCAUCCCGCUCGAGGCACGUUUGAGGACUUUACCUGCUAAGCACCCCCCGCAGGCCACUGUACCAAAGGCCUAGAUGGGGAGGGCUAAGAGAACGAGGGGCCCCCAGCUGCCCCCAUCUACCCUGGGGACUCCACUGCACCCCUGCGCAGUGGUUCCCGAUUGUCUGGUGAGGAAGGAGUCUUCACCAUAGUCCUCUCCCUGCCUCUAUCCCAUCUUUUUAUUUUAACAAAAUUAAACUAAUAUAAAAAGAGAGAACGAGAGAGAUCCGGCCAGGACCUCAGGCUGUCCUCUCUGCUCCAUGCUGCCUCCCCUAGCUCCUCGCCUGAAUUCUGUCUGUCUGGCUGUCUGUCACCUGAGUAUCCGCCUACAUUCUGCUACCACCAGUCACCAAAGCCCUCUCCUAGUGAGGGGUGGAGGGGAUCUCCGGGGUCUGAAAUUUAACCCCAAACCAGAGAAUGUACCUUAAGGGAGAGGGUUAGUGAGGGGCUUCCCUAGCCUUAAGAGACUCUCUCAGCCCACUGACUCCCACAAGCCCGAGUCUCCAGGUAAGAACGAAAUGCACAGUUCUGCUCCCUCAAUCAUAUGGAAAUCGUCAGGAGGUAGAGGAUCUUCUAAUCAUUACAAGUAGAGAUGGGGACUCCAUGUGGCCCUGGUGCUGUAGGCCACAUCCCGAUAUCUGUAAGUCACCUCCACCUCAAAGCUGCUGGAGGGAAAUCCUAAGAGGCAGCUCUCCUCUACAUCCCAUAAAGGGCCUGGCUGGUUAGCUUCCAGCUCAGGGAGAGGGGUCCUGGAGCCUGACCUCCCUAGCUUCUCUCUCAGAGGCCUUUGCAGAGGGCCACAUCCAUAAAUUUUCUUAUGGAACGCUCCUCUUCCCCGGCUUCAUUUGCUUCUCUCGACAACCUCAUCUGCAUUUUCUAUUUCUAUACGAUACAGACUCUAUAUUGCUAUAUCUCUGUAUAUACUUUCCCCUAACCCUGUGUGUCCACCCAUUCCCUCUUGUCUCUGAGAAUCACCCUCCCACCCCACUUCCCCCUUCUGUUUCUCCCCAUCCCCACUCCCCAGUCUCUGAAUGCCUUUGCCUGUAUAAAGAGUUGGACUCCCCCCUGGUGUCUGUACUGUGUACACACAUCCCUUUGAGAAGCACAAGGAGACGACCCGCGCAUUGUAACCUCCGCACUGUCUUGGUGGCGGCGACAUAAACGGAAGCUGUGAAUUACAAGCUCUGCCUCUUUCUGGCCUCGCCCUUGACCCUGCAACCGGGGUACCCUGCCCUCCCCACAGCCUUAACACACCCUCUUCCUCGCUCCACCUAUCCUGAGGCCCUUUGCCUGGCUGACCAUGGCCUCCCCGGGGGAGGAGCUCGCUGCAGAGGUACCACAUACCCAGGAGCAGAGCUAGGCUGGACACUAAGCCAAGAGUGUUAGAGACAGAGGGAGCUGGCGACUGUGCAGUUGGGGCAAUGGGUACCCACAGACAGAAGCGGAAGUCCUCAUUCAUCGGCCUUUCUCUGCUAUGGGUGCCCAGUGCCCCGUCUUCACUUUGAUGCCCAGGCCCACCAUUUGCAUUUUCUGGUGAGGCGGGGUUUGGUCAUGUGAGGAAAGAGAUGGGCCUAGAGGGGGAGUUGAGAGCUCUGCUGUUGUGUCCCUACCUUAAGGGGCCACAAGUUGAAGUAGAGGGUCUCCCCACCCCUACCAGGCACUCUUCCCAGGCCAGAGACCCAACCCCUUUCCAGGCCCUUCUCUGCCCCCAUUGUCUCUUGGUUUCUAAUAAUCCCCAAACAGGACUCGUGGGCAGAUCACCUGUGUACGUUGGCCUGGAGCCAGAGAGGGAGGCCAUAGUAGCUUUGAGAACUCUUGGUUCCCAAGAGUUCUUCAGACAUCAGGCCUCCCCCGAAGGAAGCAGGGCAAAGCUGAGGAGUGUGUACUGGUUGGGUGACGCAUGCCUCCGGUCUAAUAAACUGGGUUUCCACCACC